AUGCGAACAAUAAAAUGUGUCGUUGUUGGUGAUUAUGACGUUGGUAAAACUGAACUUCUGAUAGCUUACACAACUAAUAAAUUUCCCAGUAAAUAUAUUCCCACAGUUUUUGACAAUCGUGAAGUUACUGUCAUAAUUGGUGAUGAUCCAUAUACUUUAGGUCUUUUUGAUUCGACUGGUCUGGAAGAUUAUGAUCGUCUUCGUUGUCUUUCAUAUCCUCAAACAAAUGUUUUUUUGAUUUGUUUUUCUGUAACUUCGCCGGCUUCUUUUGAAAAUAUCAAAAAAAAAUGGUUUCACGAGGUUCAAAACCAUUGUCCAGGAAUUCCAUGCUUGAUCGUUGGUACUAAAAUAGAUUUGCGGGAUGAUCCAUUGACGGUUAGUGAGUUGAGACAAAAAAAUAUGAGACCCGUAACUUCAGAGCAAGGCAAAGAACUCGCUCAAGAAUUAGGUGCAAUUAAGUAUGUUGAAUGCUCAGCUCUUACUCAAAAAGGCUUGAAAAAUGUUUUUGAUGAAGCAGCAGUCGCUGCUCUUGAUAAUAAAAUAAAGUACGUUUUUGGCAAUUAUACAGUUACUGCCACAAUUGGUGAUGAAAGAUAUACUUUAGGCCUUUUUGAUGCGAUUGGUCUGGAAGAUUACAACCGUCUUCUCUCAUAUCAUCAAGCAGAUGUAUUUUUGAUCUGUUUUUCUGUAACUUCACUGAUUUCUUUUGAAAAUGUUAAAGAAAAAUGGGUUUCUGAAAUUCAUCACCAUUGUCCAGGAAUUUCAUUCUUGAUUGUUGGUACUCAAAUAGGAAUGCAGAAUGAAGAGUUAUCACAACAAAGUAUGAAACCUGUAACUUCAAAGCAAGGCGAAAAACUCGCUAAAAAAUUAGGAGCAACUAAGUAUGUUGAGUGUUCAGUCCUUUCGCAAGAAAGUGUGAAAAAUGUUUUUUAUGAAGCAGUAGUUGCUGCUCGUAAUACAGAUUUACCUAUUAUAAAGCGCCCUAGAAAUAAAUUGGAUAUAAUGCCUUUACUACAUAAAAUGAAUAAAUGGAAAUAA